GCGUGUGUGUGCUCUGUACAGCGCGGAACCCGGGGAAGAGGCAGCGCGGUUCUUUUUGGCUUUUGCGGUAUAUAUCGCUCAUCGGGAGGAUACAGUUUUUUUUGUUUUUGUUUUUUUUCCCCCAAGCAAAAGGGUGAGAAGAAGAGCAAGUUGCUGCGGAGUGCGCCCGAGGAUGAGAAGCCCGCUCGAGUGAUCGGUGCUGCGCGCAAGCUCGGGAUCGGCUUUACCCCUUCUCGCAUCGAACAGGGAGUGACAGGAGCCCAUAGACGUCAUGCGCGGUACACUGCACCUGCUGUGCGUCCUCGGGACCAUAGCGUUCCUCCAAACGGCCGAGUGUGGCUUCCACGACAACGAAGUUUACGACUACCCUCACAGCGAUGGCAGGAAAAUCAGGCAACAAGGCUCGGGAUCCUUCGUGUGUACAAAAGAGGGCUUCCACCCGGACCCGAGCGACUGCCGGAAGUUCUACAGAUGCGUCGACUUUGGCAACGCCAGUCCGUUGACAAUGUUCUCGUUCGAGUGCGGCGAGAACACGGUGUUCUCCCCGUCGAACGGCAACGUUUGCGUCCACCCCAAUUACAGCGGCCGGCCCGAGUGCUGCGAGCCGGGCAACGAGAUCGACCACGGCGACACCGGCGGGUGGGAUCCGCAGCAGCAGCAGAAACCCGAGUACCCGUCGCAAACGCAGAGUCCGACGUUACCGACCCCGCACCCCAGCUCUCCGGUCCAGCCUCAGAGACCCCAAGGUCCGAGUCGUCCGGCUACGCCACAGAGACCUCAGGCCCCGAAUCGUCCGUACAGCCCGCAGAGACCUCAAAGUCCCCAGAGACCCUCUUACCCGGCUCAUAACCCUGGCUACCCAUAUCCACCGCCAAGACCUCAGCCUACAUUUGAACCGCCGAGGACUCAGAGACCCCAAGGGACGUCUCAACCUCAGUACCCAGGCACGUCGUCACAGCCGCAAGGUCCUAAGACCCCAAGUCCUGUGGAUCAGUCGCAGAGGCCGGAGAAGCCACCGAGUUGCGCGGGCUCGGGUGGAGCUUGUGGGAAUUCGCCGGGUUGCGCGGAAGAGGGAUUCUUUGCGAAUCCGGACGAUUGCCAUAAGUUCUACAGGUGCGUCGGUGACGGCUCGCGGUUGCAGAGACACGACUUUACUUGUGGCUCCGGAACAGCUUGGGAUCAGAGUUUACAGACGUGCAAUCACGAGAGCAGUGUGCCAGGAUGUGGAUCUGGAAAUCAGCCAUCGGUGGACUCGUCCCAACCGAGCCAGCCAUCGAAACCAAUGUAUCCUCCGUCCCGACCCACACAACCACCGACGCAGGCCACUUCGCAACCACCAAAUCCUCCAUCGCAAGCGCCAACACGGCCGACAACACAGUCACCACCUACUCAGAGCACCAAAGGCCCUGCAUACAUUCCACCUACAGCACCAAGUAGACCGGGAAAUUGGCCUCCAUCGGCAGGCAGACCGUCACCUCCUUCUGGUGGUAAUGGUCAGACUGGAGCAGCUGGAACUGGUGGAAGGCCGUGUCCACCGACCGGCUCAAAUGGCUGCACUGAAGCGGGUUUCCACCCCAAUCCUGAAAAUUGUCACAAAUUUUACCGAUGUGUCGAUGAAAACGGCUCAUUGCGUAAAUACGACUUCGAGUGUGGAGCAGGAACUGCUUGGGAUCAGCAAUUGCAAACGUGCAACUACGAAAGUGCCGUGCCAAGUUGCGGUGGUGCAGGACAGUUACCACAGACUGAUUCAUCUGCCGGAGGUCAGAGACCGAGCACUGGAGCUGGUCCACAAACAGAGCAGCCCAGCACUACCACAACUCCUGGAGUUCAGCAGCCAGGACCUUCUACGCAACCUGGAAAUGAACAAACCUCAUCACCAGGCGCUUCCCCUACUCCUCCAGUUACCGAUUCGAGUCAAUCUACUUCGGGACCGAUUAGCACUCAGCCACCCACCGAAUCAACGCCUGCACCUUCAACUCCACAAGUAACGCAGCCUUCGACAGAAACUACUGGUCAAAGCACCACAUCGCCUCAACCUUCGAGUCAACCACCAACUCAACAACCUGGACAGACCACAUCUCCACCAAGUGGUCAAAAGCCUCCCGCUCCGGGCUCUGGUUCUCAACAGAAACCAAGUGGUAGUUGCACAGGAGAAGGAUUCUUCGCCAAUCCUAACGAUUGCCACAAAUUCUAUCGAUGCGUUGGCAAUGCUCCGAGCUUCACCAAAUACGAUUUUGACUGUGCCCCGGGAACAGCUUGGGACCAAUCUCUGCUCACGUGCAACCAUGCUUACCUUGUAGCGUCUUGCGGCUCGUCCCAAAAUGAAAUCAUGCCAGGACAACCAGGUGAACCGGGACAUCCAGGUGAGCCAGGACAACCAGGUGAACCGGGACAACCAGGUGAGCCAGGACAACCAGGUGAACCGGGAAAACCAGGAGAGCCAGGACAACCGGGUCAACCAGGUGAGCCUGGACAACCAGGUGAACCGGGAAAACCAGGAGAGCCAGGACAACCGGGUCAACCAGGUGAGCCAGGACAACCGGGUGAACCGGGAAAACCAGGAGAGCCAGGACAACCGGGUCAACCAGGUGAGCCGGGAAAACCAGGUGAGCCGGGACAACCAGGUCAACCGGGUCAACCAUCAAAACCACCGACUGAAACGUCAUCCUCGCCAGCACCGCAACCCUCAACAUCCCAAAAACCUGAAGAAAACAAAACUGAGGCAACUCCAGCAAGCACAAGUGGAACGUCACCUGCGCCGACGGCAGGUCCUACGUCACCUUCGACACCUCCCACCGACUCUGGGUCCAAUCCAGAUUGCAACCCACCGAAGAAAAACAAUACGAUAGUGUGCAACGAAGCCGGCUUCUACCCCAAUCCUACUCGUUGCGACAAGUUCUAUCGCUGCGUGAACAACGGAAGGGGCUUCAACGUCUUCCACUUCGAUUGUCCCCCAGGCACGAUAUUCGAUCCGAGCAUCGACGUCUGCAACUACCCCGAAUCCGUGUACCCAGCCCGCGACUGUGACAAUGGCCAAGGUGGCGUAUCACCACCGGCAUCCCAACCACCUGCCCCACAACAAUCCACGCAAUCUCCUACGCCUACGCCCAGUAUGUCUCCAGCCACCACGAGCUCCCAGAGCACGACACAGGCCCAAACUACACCCGGCUCGCCCACCCCAAUCCCCGAAGGUACCACGCUACCAUCCACCGAGGGCUCCUCCACCGAGCCCCAAACUUCUGGAACGACGGAAGGUAGCACCGAGGGUACGACGACAAGCCCCGACGCAACCACCUCCCCAAGUACUUCCGAAGGUACGACGACCUCCGAAACCGACUCAACGACGUCGCCCCCGACUUCGGCUGAAACAACGACAGCCGGAAGCACCGAAGCCAUGACAACUGCCGGAAGCACCGAAGCCAUGACAACUGCCGGAAGCACCGAAGCUAUGACAACAGCUGGCAGCACGGAAGCUACCACGCAGCCGUCGAGCUCGGAAAUGACGACGAUGACCACGGCACCGGAGGAACAACAAUCGACGACGGCACCGACGAGCACCGACGCCGCCACGACGACCCCAUCGACGGACAUGAUGACCACGAUGCCGAGCACCAGCGACAAACCACCAACGCCCGACAACUGUCCCGCACCGGCCAAUCUCACGGACGAGCAGAUCAUCCUCGUCUGCCCCACCGGGUUCAAACGGCACCCCAAGCUCUGCAACCUAUUCUACCAGUGCACUCAGGGCGACGCCAUGCAAAUCAAGCUUUUGCUGCUCCAGUGUCCCGAGGGCUUGAUAUUCGACGAAAAGGAGAACAAGUGCCUCGCCGAGGCCGACAGCAGCGAUAAGUGCACGGGGGGAAUAGCCGAUAAACGCACGACCCGCAGGAGCCUCAAGCGCCGAGCCACGUCUCCUGUUGAGGUGACGUCGAAGACCUUGUGCCCGGAAGAGGGCCACUUCCCGCACCGGGACGGCUGCAGCAACAUAUUCUACAAGUGCGAGCGCGACGCCAAUCGAGUGCUCCAGGGCUACCUGUACAAGUGCCCGAAGGACUUUGUGUACUGGUCGGUGUCCAGGCGUUGUGAGCGCGCCGCGAGACUGCCCAUGUGCUCGAGUAUGGCCGAGGACGUUGAGUACGAGAACGACACCUGGGAGAACCGUUGGGAGAUACCGAUCGAGGAUCGCAAUCUGUCCGCGAGGUCGCUCCUCCACGACGAUUGAGCCACUUUUCGUUUUCGGAAAACGAGUGACAGAUGAAGUAUAACAUAUUCAAAAUUUGCUCUUGGGUAAAGAAGGGACGAUUAUACACCUUUUGCUCGAGAGCAGUGGGAUAUGUGUAAUAAAUAAUACUUACAUGCGAUACUGCCGGAAUAUACGUAAAAUGUACAAGAGUAUAUUCUCGAUAUUUGAAAAACGGGGGUGUCGAUCGGUGUAGGAAAACUGCGUUGAAUUGAUUUUUUACCUCAUGUUUUCAAUGCAGGUUUUCU